AUGUCAGAGGUCCUCACUGUCGAGGCUAUUUUGUUUGGGCUCCUGGUCUUUUCUGGUAUUCUGGGAAACAUCUUGGUCAUCCAUGUGGUGUUGCAGUCAGCCCUUAACAGUCCAUCUCGGAGACUCCCUCCCUCGGACACCAUUCUGGUGCACCUGUCUCUGGCCAACCUGCUGACCUCACUUUUCCGCACAGUGCCUAUCUUUGUGUCCGACCUUGGCUUGGAUGUGUCUCUGUCUCCUGGCUGGUGCCGAGUCUUCAUGCUGCUCUGGGUUUGGUGGCGAGCUGUGGGCUGUUGGGUGACUCUGGCACUAAGCGUCUUCCACUGUACCACCCUGAGGCGACAGCAUGUGACCUUUGGCCCUCUUGCACAACAGAGGGAGAGGCGGCGGGUUUGGAUCGUUCUGGGUCUGGUGUGGGGUUUAAACCUGGCCUUCUCGAUUCCAGCUCUGGUGUACAGCACUCAUGUUCAUGGCAACGCCACCGUGGAGCUGAUGGUGAUCAGCUGCACCACUCGGCCGCUCCUGGGCUGCGUCUGGGAGUUCCCCUCCAACGAACAGGGCUCGGCCUUCGCCUCCUCCUCCCUCGCACUUAACGAGGUGUUACCGCUGGUGCUGAUGGUUUGUACCAACCUGGCCACGCUUCAUGCUCUGGCAAAACAUAUCCGAGCUGUUACCUCAGGGGGGGAUUCGGGAGGAACGUUUGGGGAGCUGGACAAACAUGUCUCCACAGAACGCAAAGCAGCUCAUGUAAUAAUGUCGCUGGUGUCGCUCUUCGUGGUCUGCUGGGCACUACAGGUUGCUGCAGUGACGUACUACAACCAUGAUGGCGGACACCAUGCCGAGGGGCUGCUGACGGUGGCUCACUUCUCUGCCUCGCUGUUUGUAGGGUUCAGUCCCAUGGUGGUGGCCCUGGGUCAUGGCAAACUGAGGAGGAAAAUCAUUAGUAUGAUCCUUAUUUGGGCUAAAGUUUUUGAAUGUCACAGAAAGGAAACUAAAGAGGGGGGUAAAUCCCCAAACAUUAAAGGAAAGAAUGGAAAACAAACUGUUUUUAUUGUUCAGAAAGAGAGGGAGGUCAUAAAAGUGAAGGAGAAAGUUAAAGCAAACAAGUGA